GGCGACCUGCCCUCGCGGCUCAAUCCCCGCAUCUGAGCAGGCCUCCGCGCCCUCGCCCCUCGCCGGGCCCUCCGUCGCACCCGCCCCUCGCCGGUGCGCUGGUCAGCGAGGCCCAGGCCGCCCGGCCGCGGCGCGGGGAGCGACUAAUGGCUGCAGUAUUGGAUGGCCCAAAUGGAGAAGAGCAUCAUCGUAGCAGCAAGUGUUGGACAGCACUGAUCUAGACCUCUCUUAGCUGUAGUUGAGGAUGUCAUGGCAAAUUUGGCAUCUGCCUUUUGAUUUAGAAGUUUAAACAAAUAAGACAAUUAUUCAGUUCUUGAAAUCAUGAAUCCUGUUUAUAGCCCUGGUUCCUCUGGGGUUCCCUAUGCAAAUGCCAAAGGAAUUGGUUAUCCAGCUGGUUUCCCCAUGGGCUAUGCAGCAGCAGCUCCUGCCUACUCCCCCAACAUGUACCCCGGAGCGAAUCCUACCUUCCAAACAGGUUACACUCCUGGCACGCCUUACAAAGUGUCCUGUUCCCCCACCAGUGGGGCAGUGCCGCCGUACUCCUCCUCCCCCAACCCCUACCAGACCGCUGUGUACCCUGUGCGAAGUGCCUACCCCCAGCAGAGUCCAUAUGCACAGCAAGGCACGUACUACACACAGCCCCUGUACGCAGCACCUCCUCAUGUCAUCCACCACACCACAGUGGUGCAGCCCAAUGGCAUGCCGGCGACAGUGUACCCUGCACCCAUCCCUCCGCCUAGAGGCAACGGGGUCACCAUGGGCAUGGUGGCUGGGACCACUAUGGCGAUGUCAGCAGGUACCCUGCUGACCGCCCACUCCCCAACUCCUGUCGCCCCCCACCCAGUCACAGUGCCCACGUAUCGGGCCCCCGGAACACCCACCUACAGCUACGUGCCCCCUCAGUGGUGAUCACCCUGCACAUGUUUGAGGAUGGAGCUCUGCGUUCACAUUACGGAGGUUCCACAGCUGGUGCUGCAGGCCUCGUGCCUCCAACCAGGACUUUGUUAAUGCUCUCGACACUUAGCUAACACUACUGCAGCCCGGCCCGGCAGCUCCCAGCGCUGUGAGUCUUCAGCUGGCUCUCUGGGUUGGUCUUAAAGCAAAUCCCGUUUUGUGGGCUGCCUGGCAAUUUUUUAGCUAACUGUAAUGAUAAAAAGGGAGUAUUAAUCUAUUCUGAAUCAUAUCUAGUUGAAUGCAUGUUUAAAAAAACAAACACAAAAACAGAGCUUGCUCAGUCUACCUGCAGUGACUGAUACAAACCCAUCAUACGCAAAAUCCAAAGGAAUGGAAAAGUAUUUUACAACUUGUAUCACUAAUGCACUGUUGUAAUGUAUGCUAAGUCUUAAAGUUAUAAGUGUUACAGUGAAUUUCUUCAUAGAGCAUCUGAAAUCUCUUAGAUGAGUCUUCAACCUUUUGGGGUUGAUGUGGGUUGCCAGUUGGACACAUGGACUCAGAGUUGCAGCCAGCUCUUUCUUUCACAUGGACUGCACUGGGAGAGAGUUGCAGGGGUGGGGGAGUGUAGGGAGGGCUACAGCUGCGUGGGUGUAGCUGGGUCAGUGGGCAUCCCUUUUUUUCCAUUUAGGCUGUGGGGUCCGUGCGAUGUGGACAUUUCUUAAUGAUUGUCAUGGAAGGGUAGAGUUGUGUGGCCAGUACAAUUAGGGGCAAGAGGUAGUUUACGUAUCAGCAAAGCAGUCUUCUCUGCUAUCUCAAUUCUCAUUACCAGUCUCUUAGAGAUAGCACUGGUGUUUUCUGUAUCUUUAUUGGAAAAGUCCUAUGUAGAACUAAAUUAUUUUCCUGGGAUGGAAGGUGUGUGAAUGAGGAACAGCCACACUUGGAGGAGGUCUCGGCCUCUCCUUUAUUCAGCUUAGAAAAUCAUUCCUUUUUUUCUCCUGAGAAAUGUUUGAGUCAGCUGAAAACAUAUGUAGGCAUUACUGUUCUUCCCCCACAGAGAAGGGCAAAGAUUUCAGCUGUGUAUCAUGAAGAAAGUUAUAUUUAAGAACUAUUAAAAGGGAACAAACCUUUAUUUGAAAUUGAGUCUGUCUUUCAGAGAGGCAGGGCGUGGCUGUUUGGGCCCAUCCCCCUGAUGGGGAUGUGUCCUCUGAGACUGUCUGGAGGGGCCUCCUAGGAGACAGGCGUGGGGAGGGCUGGGCCUGCUAUCCGUGAGUCUCCUCUGCUGGCUCUUCUUGCAGCUGAGGGCGCUCGGCACAAAGCAAGUGUAGGCAGCAUCUGAAUGUAUUUGCCUGCUGGGGUUUUAUUACAGAAAGGAUUUUGUAUUUAAAGUCUGAAUAUUGUACAUACGAGAUCAAGAGGAUUUUUUUUUGCCUAAAUGUGCCCAACUUGUAUGGAUGGGAGUGUGUGUCUGUUCUCAGAGAGUCAGAGGGGGUGGGGGGAGGGUUUUGUUUCCUUCCAGCAGUCUGUCAGGCAGGGGUGGGAUGUGACUGUGUUCCACCCCAUCCUUGUUUCAAGUGCCAUGGGCUUUGGUUGGGCAGGGACCCUGCUCUUGUUGUGUCUCUGGCAGCUAGGUCAGUGCUCUGGUGCUGGUUUGCCAUUCAGCCUUGGUUGGUGAGUGGGACACCUGACCCCUGAGCCUUUGGUAACCUUAUUUUUUAUAGUAAGUACUCUUCAUAAUUUUCUUUUUCACAUUGUAUUUUAUAAGAAUUUUAGGAAUACUUUUGCAUGGAUUAUUGUAAACAGAAUAUUCCUUAUUCCUAAUGUCUAUUAACAUAGUGUGGUUACUGAUAAGUACUUUAAAUUGCUUCAUGAGCACUUAACGUGUGUGUGUGUGUGUGUGUGUGUGUGUGUGUGUGUGUGUGUGUAGUAGCCAUUUAUCCCAGGCACAAUGCUUGUGUCCACUUCUUCAACUCUGUGUUGGUCAUUCUCUCUGUAUAGUGGAUGCUUUGUAGUGUCAGUAGGUUCUAAGGGUUCCAGGGGCUGAACUAACUGAGGAACAAGAAGUCAGGUUCCCCAAUUUAGUGUAACAGAUUAGGAGAAAAUAUAAUUUUAGUGUAUGCUUUAAAAAAGCCACAAACAGCAAAAUGAAAACACACACACACACACACACACACAACUCCCUGUCAGAGGUGGAAUCAUUUGAAUUCAGGAGAAAGGUAUGAGAAGUUAUAUAGGAUGUUUCUCCAGGCUUGCUUGAGACUUGGCACACACAGUUGAGUGUUUUCACGAGCACUGAAUUAAAUUGUGUUUUCAAGAGAGAAAGAAGAGUGGGUUGCAUUUUCCCCCCGUUUACAUCAGCUUCAUAAAUACUUUCCCUCUAUAAUUUUUUUAAAUCUUUUCCCUUUGUAAAGUUGAGUUGGGAGACUUGAUCAUAUACUUUUGCUUUAUGGAAUACAUCUGUGUGGAAAUUUUUUCGAUUUUGAAACUAUGAGAGCAUCACCUAUCAAAUAUGAUGAAAGUUAGAAUGUAUCUAGCAGGUAAGAUUCCUGACAUAUGAACAGUAACAAAACUAUCAUAGGUUGUCAUUUUAGCAGCAUUUAAUUGCAGUAAAAUUAAUUAAGGAAUAGAACUUCUGUUAUAAAGUUGCAUAAUUUGAUAUCCAAGCACAAUAGUGGAACAUUUCAGAGAAAUUUUGUGUUUUUUGGUUGUGACAUUCCUAAUUUGAGUCUUUCAGCUGAAUCAUGGUUCUUUUAGAAGUUGAGACAGGGAAGCACAGGACCUAUUUCCUAUAAACGUGGAUAUUUUAGAAUAUCUUUGUUGUACGGCCUCUUGCCUAGGGUGUAGGAGGUCUGUUUCUCUGCUUAAGGAAGUCUUGUUUGGAUCUGGGCCAGUGACAGAGUAUUUGGCAUUGAGCGAUGGUCCUAUCAGUUCACUACCUCUGCAAGGUGAGGUUAACAUCAGGACCAGGGCAUGGUAACAGGCAUGGAGGUGCUUCCAGAACCUUUUAUGUCUCUUGUAUUAAAUAUUUCCAGAACAUUCUCGUUGGUGUUGUUAUUAGGCCUACCAGUUGCUAUUCUGUGAGUCUGUUUCUUGAGUGCUAUGCAAAUGUAGUAUUUACAGGAGAUGAGGGGGCUCCUGAGCCUUGGAGUGGGCACCUGGUCAGUAAGUAGUAUCCUGCCCUUCCCAAGCUGGGCAUGCAGUAAGCCUUGUUCUAUCUGGUGGUAUCAUCACUUCAGUAAUGAGAGGAAAUAUAUUCUUAAGGCAUUUCAGAUAUGCUGAUAUCUGGCAGUGUUGUCCCCACAUGGGUUUCUGUGAGUGUGCCUGCCAGUGGGUGGUGAAGGGAUGGCAGGCACCAGCCACAUCGAUAUUGGGGCCUGCUUUAAAAAAAGAAAGCCAAACUUCUUCACCUGUGCUUUGUAAACACUUGGAAACAGUAUUAUGCUGACCAGUUGGGCCACCUUCUCCCAUCUGUUAGCUAAUGGCUGGACACCCCAAUCAUUGCCAGCCUGGACAUUGCCCAGACAAGACAGGACGCCUGUCUGACCCUCCACUGGACGCAAGAGCAGGUUUAAGGAUGCGUGGCUUGAGGUGGGAGGUGCUUUCUAAGGGGCGAGUGUGUCUCUAAACAGAAGUGCGGUUGGCUUAGGGGAGGGGCAGACUGCUUAGCUCUCCUCUCUAGUGCAUCUCAAAUGUCUGUGUUUUUUCCCUGAGCUGCUUAUUACUCAACCUGAGCUUUCUGUAGGUGCAGUCUUCUCAGUAGACUGCAGAUGACACACUGCAGAGGAGGGUCUGAUCUUUUCAGGUAGGAAAUUGCGAAGUUCAUUUUACUUGUUUCAGAGGAUUUGUCUCUUUCCCCACCCCUCUUCAUUUGAGGAACAGAAAACCUGUGGGCUAACUGUAUUUGAGUCCCCAGGACUAACGUCAAGUCACUUGGGACGAGGAGACAGAGGAGAGGCAGACAUCUCUGUGCAGGGACCCGCAGCGAGCUUUAGGAGACAGUGUGCUCCCAGGAUUGGGGUGUUGGAGAUGACAGGCAUCUCACCUCAGCCUCCUGAACCCUGGUGCAGUCUCCCAUGGGUCUUGGUGUGGACAGUGUCAGUGGACUAGUUGGGCUGGAUCUGAGGCCAUCUUUCCUGUGCUCCUGGUAGGGUUUCUGUGAUGGCCUCUCAGAGGAGAGGCCCCAAGGAGCCACAUGGCUUAUGACUGACUAGGAAACGGUUCCUUUUUUUUUUUUAAUGAUUUUUUAAAUACUGUUUUUUUAAGACCGUUCUCCUGGUACUUUUUUAAAGCUUACGUCAGUGUCUUCCAGUGUUAAAGGCAUCCCUCACACUCACCUCUGCAUUGAACUUAAGGUGUCAAUACAAAGGAAUGGAACACCAUCCUGAGCCAGUUCCAUUAUGUGUAAAGUCAUACUAUUUUAAUUUUUUUAUGCAAUCUGUUGAGAUGAGCUCAGAUUCAGAAUUCUUAAAAGCACGUUUAUUGUAACAAGAAUUGUUAUGUAUGAAUACUGCAGUUUUCAAUAAAGAUUGACUUGUGUUGCA